AUGUGUGCAAAGCACGCCAAUACGUUUGGCACGCAAACCCGGAUAGCUUUCCAAAAGGUACUCACCGGGCCAAGCGGGACUAAGAUAAUAUCGUGGCUUACCUGUAGACAAGGUACAGAGAAGGAUUUUCCACCCGUCACCCGCGGAAAGAUUCUUGUGUCCCGGCAAAGCAAUUAA